AUGGCCGGCGCGUACGCGCGCUUCACGUCAGUCUGUGAGAACAGGCCUCGCACGCGCGUCCCAGCCUCCGUCGCCACCGCCGCCGCCGCCGCCGCCAGUGGACGCCUGUGCAGUUCUUCAAUGCAAUGGAAAUUGCAGUUCUUCAAUGGAAUUUCUUAUUUGAAUAAUGAAAAUGUUGCUUAA